AGUAGGCACUUUGGAACAGAAAAAUUGUUGGUCAAAGCAUGUUUCGAGGGAUGAGCGUGGAGGCUCCCAUGAGCUGGUGUCUGUGUUUCAAACCAAAACCAAACAUUACUAAUAAGGUGCGAGCGCCGCAACACCCUCGUAGCCGCCAAGGUAUGCGCUAACAUAACAACUUUCCUUCGCAUUACCUGAUAUACUACCUCUAUUACUGCUUCCCAGACUAACGCGAUGGCGCUUACUUUUGAGGUUCUUGGCAGAUUCAACCGUGCUCGCGCUGCGAGGUUGACACUCCCUCAUUUUGUGUGCCAAACUCCGUUGUUUAUGCCUGUGGGCACACAAGGAACAAUAAAGGGAUUGACAAAUAGCCAGCUUGAGGAAAUUGGUUGCCAAAUAAUACUUGGAAAUACAUAUCACUUGGCCCUUAGGCCUACUUCUGAGCUUCUUGAUGAAGUUGGUGGUCUUCAUAAUUUUAUGAAUUGGAAGCGGGCUUUGCUUACAGACUCUGGUGGCUUUCAAAUGGUUUCGCUGUUGCAUCUUGCUGAUAUCACAGAAAAAGGUGUGACAUUUCAGUCACCAGUAGAUGGAAAACCAAUGCUUCUAACACCUGAGGAAUCAAUUCAAAUCCAAAAUAGAAUUGGAGCAGAUAUCAUUAUGGCUCUUGAUGAUGUUGUAAAGACCACCAUUACUGGUCCAAGAAUAGAGGAAGCUAUGUAUCGAACACUUAGAUGGAUAGACAGAUGUAUAGCAGCUCACAAGAGACCUCAUGAUCAGAACUUGUUUGGUAUCGUGCAAGGUGGUUUAGAUCCCAUAUUGAGGGAUAUCUGUGUCAAAGGUUUGGUGGAGCGCAAUUUGCCUGGCUAUGCUAUUGGUGGUCUUUCAGGCGGUGAAGAUAAAAAUUCAUUUUGGCGAGUUGUUGCUCAGUGCACUGCUGCUUUGCCAGAAGAUAAACCACGAUAUGUUAUGGGAGUUGGUUAUCCACUUGAUAUUGUUGUUUGUAGUGCUUUGGGUGCUGAUAUGUAUGACUGUGUUUAUCCUACCCGCACAGCACGCUUUGGCACUGCUCUCGUUCCUGAGGGAGUAUUGAAACUAAAACAUAAAGCAAUGGCCGAUGACACCCGUCCAAUUGAUCCCACUUGCCCUUGUAUGGUUUGCAAGAACUACAGCAGGGCUUACAUCCAUUGCCUUGUGACAAAAGAUGCAAUGGGGUCUCAACUUUUGUCAUAUCAUAAUUUAUACUACAUGUUGCAGCUCAGUAGGAAUCUACACUCUUCAAUAGUUGAAGGAAGGUUCCCAGAGUUUGUAUGCGACUUUCUACGCAAAAUGUUCCCGAAAGGUGAUGUUCCUGAAUGGGUCUGCGAUGCUAUGGAGGUGGCUGGAAUCGACAUUUCUUCCUGCUGUGCUCCGUUUCCAUCAUGCCAAGAAGAUGAUUCCAAAAACAUGCCCGAAGAAGUUAGUUUGGUGAGGUAAAAAUGAUACACACGGACCAACAGAAACAUUGAAGAGAUACACUAUAGUUUUACUAUGAUUUUUUGCGGCAUAAAUUUUGUAUACUGCUUAUGCCGUAUCAGUAAGAAUUUUGAAAGGUUAGGAUUAUACUAGGUUCCUUUAGGACUAGGUUCUUAUUUAUCACGCAUCUGAAGAUUCGUCUUGUGUUCUAGAGAAUUUAAAAGUAAAACGAUGGAUAGAGUAAAGCGAAGCUUAAAUGUAACUCUUUUACUUCCACAACAGUGCAUGUAUGAUCUCGUCUAAGUUCACGUGUUUAAACUCAACUAACGGAGCAGUUAUGCAUGCUAAAAUUGUAUAUCA